AUAAAUACCAUUGUUUGAGGUGCAAAUAUAUACUCGAGGUACGAAUUUUGAUUUCAAUGGGUUCGAGUGAUGGUAAUGAUAAUUUUGUACAGGAAGUGAAAGUCGUAGCACCAAUCAAUAUUGCUCUAGUCAAAUACUGGGGCAAAAGAAAUGAAGAUCUUAUGCUUCCACUGAAUGAUUCCAUUUCACUUUCUAUCAAUGAUCUUUGUGCGAAAACAAGGAUACGGAUAGGGCCAUCGAUCAAGAAGGAUUCAGUCUUAAUCAAUGGUUCAAAUAUAUGUCUUUCAAAGUACCCAGGAUUUCUUCGAUGUUUUAAAGAAGUGAGACGACUAAUUCGGAAACGUUCCAUUAUAUCCGAAAGUACAGGGAAGUCAGAGAAGCAAAAAUAUUUCAGCAAGUUUGAAGUUGUUUCCGAAACAAGUUUUCCUAUUGAAGCAGGACUUGCUUCGUCAGCCUCCGGUUUUGCGGCUAUUGCAUAUGGCCUUGGGCAGGUUUACCAUUUAAAUAUCAACGACGUAAUUCGCGUUGCUAGAAUGGGCUCUGGAAGUGCAUGUCGGAGUAUCUUAAGUGGUCUUGUACACUGGAAAGCAGGUACAGCAGAAGAUGGUGCUGAUUGCAUUUGUGAAACAGUUUUUCCGGAAGAUUAUUGGCCUACUUUGAGGUCACUAAUUUUGGUAACCUCAUAUGAUCCUAAAAAAGUUGGUAGUUCUAAUGGAAUGCAGUCAACUGUUAAAACUUCAAAAUUAUUGCAAGCUAGGAUGGAUAUUGUGCCUGAACAAAUAACGAAGUUAAAAAAUGCUUUUCGCAAUAGAGAUUUCGAAAAAUUUGCCCAAGUAAUAAUGUCGGAUAGUGGACAGUUGCAUGCUCUAUGUAUGGAUACUAUGCCAUCUCUCAGGUACUUGAAUAAUCAUUCUUGGUACUUUAUGCAACUUAUUCAUGCCCUGAAUAGGCACUGCAAAAGCACGAAAGUAGCUUACACGUUUGAUGCUGGUCCAAAUUGCUGUUUAUUUUUGGAAUCCAUUAACGUACCGUUAAUUCUGGCAGCUAUCGAUAAAUAUUGCAAAUUACCAUCCGAUCUCAUAGAGCAGAUAACAAAGUGUCCUGCUGCAUUUGAAUAUAAAAAUUUGAAAAAUUUGAUGGAGGAAGAACAGAAAAAUCUGGUGUUGCUCGAAUCUGUACAAGGCGGAGAGAACAGCGAAAUCGAACCGAUGGAAGGUGCUAUCAAGGAUAUUUUUCUUAGUUGUGUGGGCGCUGGACCAAUGUUAGCUGAGAACAGGUAG